CUUCGCGGUGACCUGCUGCUGCUGCUGCUGCUGCUGCUGCUGACGAGAUGGGCAGGGUGGCGCUAAGGGGAGACCGCGCGAAAGCGAGAGGAAUCUGUUGUGAGUGCGGGGCAGCGAAUCAGACGCGAGGGCUUACAGCACAGCUAGAAGGCCCGGGCCUCUCAUCCAGCUCGACGCGCCCCAGCCGGCACUUUCCGCGCGCCCUUCUGCGCUUCUUGGUCUGAAGUGGUUAUUAAGCAAGCAGCGGCGCGUCCUCCUCGCCGUGUGCAACUGCUUCUCACACCAUACAGCGAUCCAACAUACCCUUUAAGCACCAUCACUCACGAUUUGCACUGCGCCCAACUUCUCAGUGCUAAAACGUCGCACAAGCACAGCAGUCGCCAGCUUUACACAUCUCCGCCAACAUGUCCUUUCUCGCGGGCACAUCUCUCCGAGGCUUGGGCAGCCGCUCAACGGUAGCCAGCACCAGCUCGGCCGUGCUUCGCUCUAUCUCCACAACUGCUCCCCGUGCGCUCGCCACACCUGCCCAGGAGCAAGCCAGCGUUUCCGACCAAGGGGCUAAGGGAAAGCAGCCUCAUUACAAAGAUGUCUCCAUCUACCGAUGGAAUCCCGAGGAGCCUGCAUCCAAACCACACUUGCAGACCUACAAGGUCGACUUGAACGCUUGCGGCCCUAUGGUUCUGGACUUGCUGAUCAAGAUCAAGAACGAGGUGGACCCUUCUUUGACGUUCAGACGUUCAUGCCGAGAGGGGAUCUGCGGUAGCUGCGCCAUGAACAUUGACGGUGUCAACACAUUGGCUUGUCUCUGCCGUAUCGAGAAGGCGGGAGAGAGCAAGAUUUACCCUUUGCCACACAUGUACGUCGUCAAGGACUUGGUACCGGACCUCACACAGUUCUACAAGCAAUACCGCAGCAUCGAGCCUUUCCUCAAGGCGCCCCUGCCUAGCAAUGGCAAGGAGCAUUUGCAGUCUCCCGAAGAGCGUCGACGCCUGGAUGGACUUUACGAGUGCAUCCUCUGCGCCUGCUGCUCGACAUCCUGCCCCUCUUACUGGUGGAACCAGGACGAGUAUUUGGGUCCCGCAGUGCUCAUGCAAUCUUUCAGAUGGCUCAAUGACUCGCGCGACCAGAACAAGCAACAAAGGUUGGAAAAGUUGGAGAACAGCUUCAGUCUUUACAGGUGCCACACCAUUCUGAACUGCACAAAGACUUGCCCCAAGGGUCUUAACCCUGCCAGGGCCAUUGCAGCCAUCAAGGACGAGAUGGCUUUUGGUCCUCCUAAGCACACCGCCCAGGCUCCCGUUGUCGCCGAUGCUCAGGCUUGAGGUGGAUCACACCGCUCGCGCUUUGCAGCUCCCAUUCUCUCCAAUCACGCUCACGCAUUUCGCCC